UUUUCCUGCGGUACAACGUAUAGCAGGAAAAUGUUGUAUAUGCGGAUCCGUUUAAUGAUUACGUAAUGGGAGUGGCGAGACGCCACGAUUCCGCGAAGCGGGAUGGUUUGAAUAACUUAGGCAGGUGUAAGUUAUUGUUUUGAGAAGGAAAGGAAUGUUCAGAAAGGCAUAAUAAGAGAGGGAAAUGGGCGUGGUAGCCAUUCUAGCUUUGUCAGACACUAGAUACACGACACGACUACGGGGACCGAGCCAGGAGCGACAGCUACUAUACGAUGGAGCCGAUGGACAUUGCCGAGCUUGUCCGCGGCGAAGUGAGGGAUUCACAGAAUACAUUACUGGAUAAAUUAGAAACGCUCGUUUCAGAUAAGCUUAAUCAUUUCCAGAAGGACAUAAACGAUUCACAAAUGGCUAUGAGCGAAGUACAGCUAUCAAAGAUGGAGGAAAUAACCAACACGACGUACAAGUUUAAAAAGAAGGGAAACGAGGAGCAGUACAAGAGCAAUACCAAGGUUUAUCAGAAGUUGUCUGAAGCAGAAUCUUUGCUGAAGAAAGACGCAGAUUUGAGCAGAGCUUCUACGGCAGCACAGAACAAAAUCGCCGAAGGUAAAGACAUUUUAGAGCAUAGGCAGAAAAUCAUCAAGCUUGCUGAUCAAUCACCUUUUGGAUGGCUUACAGUUUCUGAAUAUGAAACCAAUAGCCUCGCUCGGGAUUCGGACGACGAGAAAAGAAUCUGGAAGGCGGAGGCCAGAGCGAAACGCAAGAUGAAUCAAGCGCCUCGAAGGAAGAUAGCUUCACGCAAUCAGAUACGUCCCUAUCCAACAGAUCGUCAACCAGCAUCUCAGCAGUCUUCAAGGCCAUGGUCAAAUCCUAGCUCCAAGACAGAGGGAUGGGAUUUCAAGAGGAAAACGGGAGCAUGCUUCGCCUGUGGUAAAUUCGGGCAUUGGAGGUUCGAAUGCAGGGAGCUGGCAUCAAGCAGAGAAGCAAGAAAUGAAAAGAUAAGUAAAAAUUCAUUUGAUAUUCAGUUGAAUGAUAUGAAGGUUCAUAAGAGGAAUGCAUUUGCAGACAAGAAUGACUCCACAGAGUCAAGGCUAAAUUCUGAAAAGAAUUGCAAAGUUGUUACUCCGGUUGGAAGGCUUAAAUCGGCAAAAGAUAAAUGGAAAGAAAUCGGAACUAACGAAUUCAUAUUGGAUAUCAUUUCUGAAGGGUAUAAAAUACCAUUCAUAACUCGCCCCAAGAAAACCGAAAGUAAGAAUAAUAGGUCUGCUAUUCAAAACGCAGAAUUUGUAGGAAAGGAAAUACAGAAUCUAACAAGGAAAGGAUGUGUUACUGAAGUUUUCCAAAAACCUGAAGUAAUAAAUCCACUGACAGUUGCAGGAAACAAAGAAAAACCGAGAUUAGUUCUGGAUUGUAGAAACAUAAAUCCACAUCUUUUUAAGCAAAAGGUAAGAUAUGAAGGUGAGGAUAUAGCAAAGGAAAUGAUAGAAGAAGAUGAUUAUAUGUUCACUUUUGACUUGAAAUCUGCUUACCAUCAUGUUGAGAUAUUCAGAGAACACAGAACCUAUCUAGGUUUCUCUUGGGAUUACGAAGAUCAAAAGAGAUAUUUCAUAUUCAAUGUUCUACCAUUUGGUAUUUCCACAGCAGGUUAUAUUUUCACAAAAUUGACAAGACCUGUAAUUGCUCAUUGGAGAUCGCAGGGAAAUAAUGUGAUUAUGUAUUUGGAUGAUGGCUUGGUAAUUUGCAAAGAUAGGAUGUCUGCUAUUACACUAAGCAGACAGAUCAGGGAAGAGUUAAAACAGUUGGGUUUUCUAGUAGCGGAGGAAAAAUGCAAUUGGAAUCCCACAACGAGACAGACGUGGUUGGGAUUAGAUUGGGUAACCUCAGAAAACAAAGUGUAUAUCUCUCAGAGAAGAGUGGGGAAGUUGAAGAAGAACAUAGAGAAUCUAUUAGACAGGAUGCAAAGUAAUAACGACAUAGUGCAUGUGAAGGAAUUGGCUAGAGUAGCAGGUCAAAUUAGCUCAAUGCACACCGCAAUGGGUCAAAUAGUUCAAAUAAGAACAAGGAAUAUUUGUAACAGUCUGAACACGAAGGCCAGUUGGCAGGCACCGAUAAAGGUCGGAAGAGAAGCAAAAGACGAAUUGAAAUUCUGGUUGCACCAUGUUGAAAGAAUAAACGGGAUAGAGAUAAAGAGGUUGCCGUUUGUCGCAUAUACCAUGUUUACAGAUGCUUCUGAAACAGGUUUCGGCGGAUUUGUAGCCGAGAAAGAAGAUUUAGAGCUUGUGGGCAGUUGGUCAAACGUAGAAGCCGUUAAGAGCUCCACUUGGAGAGAAUUAGAAGCCAUGAAACGAACUUUGUUUUCAUUUGAAAGAGAACUGAAGGGGCAGAAUGUUCAGUUGAACACAGACAAUAAGAAUGUUGUGUCUAUACUAAAGAAGGGCAGUAAGAAGAGUGAAUUGCAAGAACAGGCUAUCAGUAUUCAUAAUAAAUGUGAAUCUAGCAAUAUUACUGUAGAUCCGGUAUGGAUAAGGAGAGAAACAAAUUGCAAAGCUGAUAAUUUAAGUAGGAGAGGAGAUAGUGAUGAUUGGUUUAUCACAGAUGAGAUAUUCGGAUACUUGGAUUCGAAAUGGGGUCCAUAUGAUAUCGAUAGAUUUGCUAACGAGUACAAUGCUAAAUGUACAAAAUUCAACUCCAGAUGGUGGUGUAGCCAAACAAAAUCUAGGUCGGUCUGGCAGGCUUUUCCAUAAAGAUUGUUAUUGAUGUAAUCUGUGAGUCAUUAACUGAGUAAUGAAGGAUGAGAAUAUACUUGUAUUUUCCUGCGGUACAACGUAUAGCAGGAAAAUGUUGUAUAUGCGGAUCCGUUUAAUGAUUACGUAAUGGGAGUGGCGAGACGCCACGAUUCCGCGAAGCGGGAUGGUUUGAAUAACUUAGGCAGGUGUAAGUUAUUGUUUUGAGAAGGAAAGGAAUGUUCAGAAAGGCAUAAUAAGAGAGGGAAAUGGGCGUGGUAGCCAUUCUAGCUUUGUCAGACACUAGAUACACGACACAAAUUUCAAGUGGAAAUUUUAAUACAGAACAAUAGUUUGGUGUUUGUUUUUGUAGGAGGUUUAGAGAUUCAAAUAGAUUAUUUUUAUUGGGACGAUUUGCCAUUAGGUUUUUCCAGAGCAUUUGCCUUAUUUAGUUUAUCUCUGGUUUUUUCAACCUAGGGAAUCGGUCCGGGCGUGGGGAAAAAAGGCAAAGCCCCAUGCAGGUUAGGGAUCAAAAUUAAUAUUUUAUUCUAUACAAUGUCAGUAUAUAUUGUGGUAUGAACGUUGACGAUU